GCUGCCCUGCCCAUCAUUGAUCUCACAGUCUCACUCUUCCAAGAACCCAUGGAUCCUCCACAUGGAUGCAGGCCAUGGAGACCGUGCUUACUUCACCAUCCCCACCACCAUCCCUUGUUCCUCUGCCCUCACCAUCACCACCACCACCAUCUUCAUCACCAGAACAAUCGCACCCUCUUCAAUUGCCACGUACACACCAAUUUUGCGCCUUUUCCUCAAAAUCCAGAACACUCUGCUGCUGCUGCUGCUAUUCCUUUUCAAACCCAUUCGAUUGCAGAGACUUCUGGAGCAUUGCAGGAGCAGCAGAAGCAUGGUGAAAUUGGUGAUGUUGUUGGGUUUGAAGAGGAAGAGGAAGAGGAUGAUGACCCAGUUUUCGUCUUAACAGAUGAGUGGAAGGAGUUCUUUGCUAAAUCUGAAGCUAAGAGGAGACUAGAGAAGCAGCAGGCGAAGAAGAAGAGAAAAGGCUAAGCAAAAUCAAGAGUGAUAUGAAAUCAUAUUUUGUCUUUGUGGUUUUGAGUCUCUGUUUCUGGUUUUGUCGUUGCUAAGUAAUUUUGUUUGAAAAGAGUGUACCAAUGAAGCCACGGAAAAUCCCAUGCGUCUCAAAAUGUUUAUUGAGGUAUGGAAAUGAUAGAUUUGAUAUACUCCACUUCUUGAAAAUCUACAAGUACAUGUAAAGAUACAUUGAUAGUUACAAUGCUGCGAGCACAAUGGCCAUUUUUCUUCAU